AUGAAACCUGCAGCACUUUCAAGAUUGUUCCCCUGCAUAAUUCCUCGAGAGUUUUUACUCGCGGCGCAUCGAAGAAAUUUAUUGAUUACAUGCAUAAGCGGUAACCAUUCUCCAUCUCAUAUCCCCCCACACAGUUCUCCGAAACUACCCCCUGCUGCCAUGAAACUGGUGCUUCAAAUUCUACGAGAAAACUUAUCAAAAGUGUCUUCCUUGGCACUAUUUGCAGGUGUACUCACCUCGGGCAAUGACACGACGAUCAACCACAACAACAACAGCGGCAUUAUCAAGUUGGAUGUUGUCAAGGGCGAUGCAAACACCUCCUACUUACCAUACAUGGUUGAGAUCGAGAUCGGCUCCAAUCGAGAAAAGUCCUCUCUCGUCUUGCUGAACUCCGCUGGAGACAUCAUGGUUCAAUCAUCCAAUGAAGAGUGUUACAACCCGCCCGGAGACUUGUGUGAUUAUUCUGUAUUUAUUCCCGGCCACUUUGACGAGUCCAACUCCACCUCGUUCCACGCAAACGACACCUUCUCUGAGUCCAUAUUGUCCGGUAUGGACGGUCCAACGCGCUGGGGCCAUGACUCCGUGGUCGUUGGUGGCGUCGAGGUGAAAGACAUGUCGUUCGGUCUUACCAAAGAUAUGGAUUAUGGAGUGUUUGGCAUUGGCCUCAUGUAUGGUGAACUAACAAAAAUCUUCGACAACCAGAUCUAUGAGAACCUUCCGCUUAAAAUGAAGAGCCUGGGGUUGAUCAACCGGGCUGCAUACUCGGUCUUCUUGAACUCGACCAACGCCACCACGGGUGUUGUCUUGUUUGGAGGGGUGGACCACGCCAAGUACGAGGGCCAGCUCACCACCAUGCCCAUGGUGUUUGACGAGUACACCGUGGAAGGGAUUGUUCUUCGUGAUUUUUACAUUGCAGAGAAUGGUAGUAGAAAAUAUAACAUGACCAACUCCACCACAUACCAAGCUACCUUGGACAUCGAUUCCCGAUUCUCAUCAUUCCCCAUGGGGUUGGUUGACCAUUUCGUUGAUGUACUUGAUGGUAGCUACGACAAGAGUAUCAAUGCGUACCAGGUGCCAUGCAUUGGCCACUCGGACAUCUCACUUGUUUUCGACUUUUCGGGCAAGGUCAUUGAAGUUCCCUACUCCGAGUUCAUCACCACACACCGAGGUCGAUGUGUCAUAGCGGAGGAAAGAUAUGCAACAAAGUUCAAAUUAGGAGUGAACUUCAUGAGAAGCGUCUAUGCUGUGUUUGACAUGGAGGACAAGACCAUUUCUCUAGCCCAAGCCAAGUACUCCAACGACGACGAGGAUCUCGAGGCCAUUUCCAACACCAUCCCCAGUGCUACCAGAGCACCACACUACUUGGAAACAUCCUUCCGUGAGCCGGAUAGAUUCUCAUACACGACCACUCCUACUGGGGAUUACGAUAUGAGCACGGAAACAGGAAUUACAUUGCAUACGGAUACGUCUACGGAUACGUCUACUGGUGAUGUUCUUCCUUCUCAACCCGUGGGAGCGUCCUCCAGCUCUACAAAGGGUGAGGCGGUGGCCAUCUAUGGCACCAGCUCCAUCUGUCUACUUGCUUCUCUCCUUGUCUACCUUGCAAUCCUUUAAUUCUUGUUCUAUUUAGUAGAUCUAAUGUGGAGUGCCAGCGGAGCGGCUUGCGCACCCGGUAGGGUAGCCCUACUCACUUCCCUGCGGGCCGGCCCGCCACACUCUCCGCUCAAACCAUGUUCGGCAGAUGCACAAUAGUCAAAGCCCCGAUCCUAUCUGGUGGUUGAGCAACCUCGUGACACAGAGUACCGCGUUACGAACAACCACUGAUUGGGCCACUUGGGAUGUGAGGAGAAGAGGAGAGAGCUAAUUAGAAACUACAGUUGGAAGG